AUGUCCCCCCUACCAUCCUCCGUGACAGCCUUGUCGGCGCCGGGCAAAGUCCUCCUGACGGGUGGAUAUCUGGUUCUGGAUCGUGCCUAUACGGGCACUGUCUUCGCGCUUGAUGCGCGCAUUCAUGUCGUCGUGCAGCAGUUGAGGAGGGGUCAUCGUCGUGGGCAGUCCACAUCAAGCACAGAUCCCAAGGCCGCCGUGUCCACUGGCGAAGGGGAAGAGUCGGAAGCUGAAGAUACCAUCGUGGUGCGGUCGCCACAAUUUGUUAAUGCGGUCUGGGAGUAUCGCGCCCAGCGAUGCGACCAUGGCGGGGGGUCAAGGUGGUUCAAAAAAACGAGGGGUAUGCGAUUCCCUUUCCGCGAAAUAUUGGCAACAUUGGCUUCGAUCACUAAUUCCAUUUCUCUUUCCAGUCCCCGAAACCCGUUCGUUGAAACCUCGCUCAGCUACGCCUUGACCUACAUCAGCUAUGUCGCUGACUCCAAAGAUUUCGGCUCUCUGUCCAUCACCAUUCUCGCGGAUAAUGACUACUACUCCGAGACAACUACCUCCAAAGGUCCUGCGUCCCAGGGCAGGAGUGGACGCUUCGUCAAUUUCGGCGUUCCUCUGCAAGAUGCCCACAAGACGGGACUGGGCUCCUCGGCAGCCCUGGUCACUGCCCUGGUCUCGGCUCUGGUAAUCCACCGAACUAUGCAAGCUGAUGAUCUUGGCGCGGGUCGCGACAAGCUACAUAACCUGGCCCAGGCCGCCCACUGCGCAGCCCAAGGCAAGGUGGGGUCAGGAUUUGACGUCGCUGCAGCCGUUUACGGAUCGUGUCUUUACAAGCGCUUCUCGCCUGCGAUUCUCGAGUCGGUGGGCGAUGUGGGCUCCGCUGGAUUCGAGGAGCGAUUAUUCGCGGUUGUCGAGGAUGCUGACCAGGCACACCCCUGGGACACCGAGUGCGUGGAUUUCGGCAUGCAGCUCCCUCGCGGGAUGCAAAUGGUCCUGUGUGAUGUGGAAUGCGGCUCGCAGACACCGUCAAUGGUGAAGAAGGUCCUCCAGUGGAGGAAUGAGAAUCGCAAAGAGGCCGAUAUUCUCUGGGCUAGUCUGCAGAACAACAAUGAACGCCUGCGACAGGAGCUCAAGCGUCUGGCACAGCACCCGGACGCCACAGCCGAUAAUGACUUCUCUGAAAUUCGCACCUAUAUCGAGCGCACUCGACACCACAUUCGCACUAUGACCCGCCGGACGGGCGUUCCUAUCGAGCCGAGCGUGCAGACUGAGCUGCUGGACAGCGUCUCUGAGAUCGACGGGGUCAUCGGGGGUGUUGUGCCGGGCGCAGGAGGUUACGAUGCCAUUGUCCUCCUGAUUCGGGAUGACCCUACCGUCAUAACUCGACUUAAUCAGCACUUCGCCGAUUACAAGAGUGCCGUGGAGGAUGAUUUUGGCGGCAAAAUUGGCAACGUGCGGCUGCUGGGCGUGCGGCAUGGGUCUGAGGGAGUGAAGAAUGAAAUGCUGGACCAGUACGCUGGCUGGGUCUAG